ACGCCCAUUGGCUGCUCAGCCCGGCCUCGCUUAGGCUCUACCCAAUAGGCAGGAGGGAAUCGGGAUGGGAGCUGGGAAGGAUCAUGGCGGAUCGGUUAACGCAGUUGCAGGACGCGGUGAACUCGCUUGCAGAUCAGUUUUGUAAUGCCAUUGGGGUAUUGCAGCAAUGUGGCCCACCUGCCUCCUUCAGUAACAUUCAGACAGCGAUAAACAAAGACCAGCCAGCUAAUCCUACAGAAGAAUAUGCUCAGUUGUUUGCAGCAUUGAUUGCACGAACUGCUAAGGAUAUUGAUGUUUUAAUAGAUUCAUUACCUAGUGAAGAAUCAACAGCAGCUUUGCAGGCUGCUAGUCUGUAUCGGUUAGAGGAGGAAAACCAUGAAGCAGCUGCCCGUCUGGAAGAGGUUGUUUAUCGUGGGGAUAUGCUACUAGAAAAGAUACAGAGUGCCCUAGCAGAUAUUGCUCAAUCACAGCUGAAGACCAGAAGUGGUACUCAUAGCCAACCUGUUCCAGAUUCAUAGCAGCAGGGGGCAGCAUUUUGCUGCAAAAGUGAACUUUUAGAUUGUGAAUAAAAUCAUAUUUUUGAAAAAAGUUCUGUAUCAAAUACUUACAGUAAGUGAGCCAUACUGUUGUGUAAAUAUUUUGAGUGAACUGAUUAUGGUAAAAGCAUGUCACUUGUCAAAGCCUUAAAGUCUUCUUAUAUAGCCUCAAGUUUGGUAUGCAAAGCAUUUAUAAACUAAGAAUUGGUGUUCGUGUUGCUGGCACUGCACAUUUAAUGCAUUUCCUUUAUUUCAAAAUACUAUUUUUUUUUAAGUUUAGCUUCUCUUAUGCAUAGAUGUGUAUCUAAUGGGCUGUCAUCUUCACAAUGUAAAUUUGUAUAGUCCUACUGGGGAAUAAGGGAAAAAAUUUUCUCAGCAUAUUUUUGGUAACCUCUCUCUCCUCUAAAUCUUCAAGUUUAGGGGGUCUUAUUUUAUUGUGAGGCUUUUGCAGGAAAUAGAGCUUCACUGUGCAGAGUUCUAUGAGCAAAGUGCUGUGCAUUCUGAGGUUGUUCCAGUGCUCACCUCCUGCAUUGCUGUAUAUACUGUUUAAUUACCAUUUCUGCUGUGACACUUUGGCAUACUUAUUACUUGACUGUAUUUUAUCUUCUUUGGCUGCAAGCUAGUAUACAGAUUUCUUGCCAGCUGCAUCCUGUAAAAUGGGACUUUGGAGCAGUAGUGAUUCCUGAUGGACUUCCUGGUUCCUUGCAGGCUGCUAGCAGGUCAUAUGGGAUUGGCUGUACCCCUUUGCUUCCGGCUGCUUCUACAUAUGCUAGGUUUCUCAUGACAAAGAGUGUGCCUGUAAAAGCAGAUGCUCCUGAAGAGGAGCUGCUGGUUGUUGUUGCAUCAGAGGAGUUGGAGGAGAAACAAAAGGUGUCCAGUAGGGAUAGAAGCCAGCAAUGGAAGCUAACUUCCUUUCUAAUAUUUCUCUUGUGUAAGCAGUGGCUGUAGCCACUCCUUGAACAUUGUGUGAGUGUAAAUAUGAAAGGAGUAGUCCCUGAGAUAUUCGAGUUCUUCUAUCCUGAAAAAAAUUGUGCCCCUAAUGGUGUGAAUUAAAAACAGAAAAAUUGUGCUCGAUUCAAACAGUAUAAGCUUUUAGGAAUGUUUGGAUCAAUAUUUGAACUUUGUGGCAUAAGUAUGGGAGUGUACACCCUUCUCCCUUAGCAAUCUAAAAAUUUUACUUUGGCUACUUUGUUGUUGAAGAUAGACUGGCUUCUCUUGGAGUC